CGCUGACUGGCCGCCGUGUCUCUGGCGCCUCUAGCUGAAACACUGCGCCACUCGGCGGCGGAGACAGACAGACAGACUGCAUCGAGCCUUUGUGGGUCCAGGUUGUCUGAAUGAAUGGAGAGCCGACGGUUGAUCGGAGAGGGCGGCGAGACGAAGCGGCGGACGGUAUGUUGUGUUCAACUCCGGCGGCGCGUCGUGGAAAGUUAACAGAAGAAACCGCGUCUGUUUAUCUGCAGCUUUAACGCCACUGAAGACGAGUUUUCACCCGCUUCUCCGUUACUAUAUUCCGGCUAACACCGAGCGAGCUUCACCAGCAGCCAGCAGACGUUUUUUCGUUGGGACGUCGAGGAGUUUUUUCCUUUUUCAUCGCAUGUGUGCAGCCAGCAACAGGUCGUUUACAGCUUAAAAGCACGGCGUCCAACUUCUGCAGCCGUGUUAUUUACACAGACCCGUGUGAACUUUUCAUUGUGUGAUGCUUUUUGGACACUUCGUGCAUGCACCGUGAUGUGAGCUGCAGCUUUUGUGCUCGACACCGACCAAACAGAAACAGAUCCUGACCGAGCUGAGAGUGCACACACUGUGGGAAGAAUAUGAGAGGAGAAAGCUGCUGAUUUAAAAACAUUUAGCACUGAGAGGGACCUGCGAGGAAGCUUCUUCUUCAAGAAGGAUUGCAUGCAUAGAUGGUGCCAAACAAGUGGACCAUGAACUCAGUCCUGCACAAAUCGCCACCAAGGAGCUGGCUUGGUCUCAGAUUACGACUCAACGACAAGCCGGUCCAGGAGGAGGACUGGGUGGUGUGCCAGCACCCUGAGUGUCCUGAGCGCCGGAGGGCCUCUAAGGUUUGCCACCACCCGGACUGCCUCGACCUGAAUAACAAAAGCCCCCUUCACCUGUGUGAGUCAUGUGACUCACGCUGCCAUUCAGAGAACACAGACAACAUGCACUUUGACCGGCACCCCCGAUUCGACUUACAACCUCAAGCCUCCAUCCUGGCUCGGAACGUGUCCACGCGCUCCUGUCCCCCGCGCACCAGCCCUCCCUCCGACCUGGAGGAAGAGGAUGAGGGGAGCAACGACCGCGGGGAGCGUAAAACAGGGGGGAUGAAGCUGGUGAAAAAGAAGCCACGGAGACGACACACGGAUGACCCCAGCAAGGAGUGCUUCAGCCUCAAGUUUGAUCUCAACGUGGACAUAAACACAGAAAUCGUACCUGCAAUGAAAAAGAAAACCCUGAGAGAGGUCCUGGGUCCGGUGUUUGAAAGGAACGGCAUCGAGCUGUCACGGGUCGACUUGUUCCUCGAUCAGUCCAACACGCCACUGUCCCUCAACUUCGAGGCAUACCGUUUUGGAGGACACUACCUCAAAGUCAGAGCACGGCUAGGUGACGAGCUGAAGGUGGAGCAGAGUGUGAAGGACUUAAAGUCGCUCAGUCUGCCCAACAUGAAGCCCUCUGCAGGUCAGAGCCCCUACAUCCUCAACCCAGGCACCGAGAAGGUGGAGCACGGAUCUCUGGGACGCAAAGAAAGCAUCGAUCUGUUGGGUCAGGCUCGACGGAGGAAGAACAUGACAGAGUUCCUGGGGGAGACGAAUAUUCCGACCCCGGAUGCUCUGGGACAGAUCGGGGGCUCUCUGCCCAGCGUCGGAGCCGGGCCCGACAGCUGGAAGAACCGCGCUGCCAGCCGCUUCAGCGGCUUCUUCAGCUCCAACGCUGGAGCGGGACCCUUUGGCAAGGAGUUGGACCGUCUGGAGCAGCUGCAGAGCAAACUCCACUCCUACACGUUGUUCGGGCUGCCCAAGGUGCCGCGGCAGCUCUCCUUCCACCAGGACUCCUGGGAGGAGGAGGAGGAGGAGACCAACCUGGCACUGGAGGACAGUUGGCAGAUGCUGCUCGACAACCCAGAGACGCUGACGAGGCGACAGUUCCACCAGCAGGAGGCGAUAUGGGAGCUGCUGCACACGGAGGCUACCUACAUAAAGAAACUCCGAGUCAUCACUGAUCUGUUCCUGUGCGGGCUGCUGAACCUGCAGGAGAGCGGCCUGCUGACGGAGGUGGAGCCCGCCAAGCUGUUCAGCAACAUCCAGGAGAUCGUCCGCCUCCACACCUCCCUGUGGAACCAGGUCAUGCUGCCGGUCCUGGACAAGGCCAGGCAGGCUCGGGCUCUGCUCGACCCCACUGUCCUGCACCACGGCUUCAGGGCGUUUGGCUCGAGGUUCCAGCCCUACAUCCGUUACUGCAUGGAGGAGGAGGGCUGCAUGGAGUACAUGCGCACACUUCUCAGGGACAAUGAGCUCUUCAGGACCUACGUCACGUGGGGAGAGACCCACAAGCAGUGUAACCGUCUGAAGCUGGCCGACAUGGUGGCCAAGCCUCACCAGAGGCUGACCAAGUAUCCACUCCUGCUGAAGAGCGUCCUGAAGAAGACGGACGAGCCGUCGGCCCGCGACAUCGUCAACAGCAUGGUGGCCGCGGUGGAGCGCUUCAUCAACGGCGUGGACUCCCAGAUGCGACAGCGUCAAGAACAACAGAAGCUGGCCACAAUUUCCGCUCGCAUAGACUCGUACGAGGCUGUAGAGGGCAGCAGCGAGGAGGUGGAGAAGAUCCUCAAGGAGUACAACCGCUUCGACCUGAUGGCUCCCAUGACAGGGAUAUCACCAGAGGAGACUCGACAGCUGCAUCUUGAGGGAGCGCUGAGGAUGAAAGAAGGCAAAGACAGUAGGAUGGAGGUCUACUGCGUCCUGUUCACUGACCUGCUGCUAAUUACCAAGCCGGUGAAAAGGGUGGAGAAAGUCAAAAUCAUCCGCCAGCCUCUCUUCAUUCACAACGUCGUCUGUAAGGAGCUCAAAGACCCCGGCUCAUUCAUCCUCAUCUACCUCAACGAGUUUAAGAGUGCAGUGGCAGCCUACACUUUCCAAGCCAACAGCGCCGCCCAGGGGCGAAGCUGGAUCGAUGCAAUCUGCAACGUCCAGAACCAGCUCCAGAGGCUCCGCACCGAGGAGGUCCUCCGGCAGCAGAACAGUCUGAAGAGAUGUACGGAGGGUGAGGACGAAGAGGAGGAGGAAGACGAGAGCAGCAACUCCACCACGAGCUCCCCGUGCCUGAGGCACAAAGACCAGCAGAACUCGAGCCAAUCAGAUGGUUCCACUGAGACUCUGUCAGUGAUGGACAUCGAUGAACAAAGUGACCAAGAGCCUCCUUCCCCCAACAUGAACCUCGAGGGGGCCACGAAAAUAGACUCUGGCGCUCAGACGAGCCCCCACAGGAUUCCCAAUAUCAUUUUGUCGGAGCACCAGGAGAACGACGACGGCGACGAGCUGGACCCCCAGUGUCGCUCUCUCUCCAUGGACAGCGCCUACGGUACCCUCUCCCCCGAAUCCCUCCUGAGAGAACUUCAGCCACAGCCCGGCCAAAGCGAAGGAGAGGAGACCGAGGAGGACGAGGGAGACAGGGAGGCCGAGCGGGACGAGGUAGAAGAAGAAGAAGAAGAAGAAUUAGUAGAAGAAGAAGAGGAGGAGGAGGAGGAAGAGGAGGAUGCUGCCUCCUCAGUGGGGUCCCAGCAGUCAGUAGUCCAGUCCUCUAAACCUCGCCGGCGGCCUCACGUUCAGCCGCGGCCGCACUGCCUCCAGAGGCUGUCCAAACUGGCCUUAUCCCGCUCUGAGGACAAUCUCCUGCAGCGCCUCCACGGCGAGACCCCCACGUCUAACACGCACUGCUCCGAGGUGCAGGACCAAUCACAAUGUAGGGAAAUGGACCCAACGCCGCUGGCACACAGCAGAAGCCUCUCAGAGCUGGGCCAAAACUGGCUGGAGCUGUUCUCCAGCGACCUCGACCAGUCCGACGACUGCUUGAGCCUGAGCAUGCCCGCCGCCAAACUCUGCGCCAACCUGAGGAGGGCGGAGGCCAGGCACGGACACACGGCGCCUGCCAGACCGCAGGAGACCAACGAGUCCCCGAGCAACAGCUCGGACGGGGAAACGGCUCCAUCUGCCUGCGUCAUUAGGAAAAGCGAGUCAACGGCCAGCAGCAGCUCAGGGGAAGCGUCGCCCAAAAAGAGGAAAUCACCAGCACAGCAGCACAAGAAGCUGACACUGGCUCAGCUGUACAAGAUACGCACCACUCUCGUCCUCAACUCCACACUCACUGCAUCGGAGGUAUAACCACUCUUCCAAACAGCUGACCAGUGGCACGUGGGCAUAACAAGGAACAACACUUGUUUUGCUUCAAUGGACUGAAUCUCUUGAGACACAGAUGCACUCUCUCUCUUGCUGCCCUCUCCCUUCCUGUUGAUUUUUUUUUUUGGACACUGCAUUCGAACAAUAACUUUUUUAAUUAUUUUUGCUGUUGCAUUGGUUCCUGAAUUUUUCUCGAGUGGAAGGGAGAGGCAGAGAGACAUUAACUGCUUGCACUUUGCAACGGAAGUAGCAUUACGGGGCGGGCGGGGGGGAGGCUGGGACCUUUACGGUGGAAGCACGCAAGACAUGAAAGUCGCUGCCCGGAGGCGGAGGUUGCUCUGCGCCGGGAGAGGAGGUGGAGCUGCGGAGGGAUGGGGGGACGCUAAAGUCUUGAAAAACUCUACACUAGGACGUCCUCCUAAUAUUUGUACUACUCCUGGUUUGCUUCAAGAAAAGAAAAAAAAAUUGCACAGUUAUCUAUGUUUAGAAGAAUCACUAAGGAGUGAAUUUACAUUUACAGUCACACGAUGAAUUGUUGUUUGUGUCUGCUUGUGUACAGAUGUGUGUGUGUGUGAGUGAAUGAAUGUGUUUGAAUGAAACAUGGUCCUCGAUUCCUGACUGAACCAAAACAGAUUCCCAACUCCUGUGAAUACGCUAACACACCCAAAGAUGGAAGACCUCAGUCGACAGCCGACGAAACAGCGGCAUCACCUCCUUCUUUACCGUUAAACUACUAAUGCCAUCCUGGUAUGUGGAACUAAUGAGAAGAUGUGUUGAUUUCCUAAAAAAAAGAAGAAAAGACUGAACAUGGGUGACUAAAAGUGUUGUUCCUGCACUAUAUAUAUAUAUACACAUAUAUAUACUACGGUUUGAGUGUCCACUCACUCCUGAGGCCUGUGUACACGAGCGCACAGGUCGGUCAUCGUAAAGAAGAAGUCGACACUCGAGUGACGCCUUGUGUUUCGUUGUGAUGGCGAUACUAAUCAGAGGUUGGGGUUGGAUGUUCUGUAACGAGUGAAUCUGCAGAGCUGGCUUUAGUUGAAACACUUUUUUCCCCCCCAGGAGAUUUCAAAAUAAAAGCCACCACAGGAAGUUCAGUUGAUUUCUAACUUUUAUUCCAAACAUGGCCCAAACCAAAUAGGUUAACUCUGUUUACUUUUUUUGUUUGUGUAAUAUUUAUUAUGCCUGCUAUGUUUUAUAUAUAAGAUAUUGUUUAUAUUGUUUGCUUCCAUGAUUUGUACAUUUUUUUGGGUGUAGUCUUAAUAAUUUCAUGUGCUAUGAACCAAAAUCAUGUGUUUCCUCUUUCAGGAAUGACUUUAAAGUGUCUUACAAAAUAAAAACGCUGAAAUACUUAAAACACAA